AUGAACAAUCGUCAGAGUAGUAAUCAUAUUUACAUAUCUCUGUGGAAGCUUCCCAUUUUGCACAAAGUUCAUAUUUUUGCUUGGAAGUGCCAUGAAAACAUUCUUCCAGCUAAAACUGUUCUUGCGAGAUUUUCCAAUGGUCGUGAUACUUCUUGUAAUAUGUGUAACUCUGGUAUUUCUGAAUCACCUGAACACAUUAUACUGCACUGUGAAUUUUCGAAAGUUGUUUGGUCUCUAACCCCUUAUGCAGAUAUUAUUAAACAAGAUAGUGCUUCUAGCAUUAACCUGCAGGAUUGGGUUAUUAAAUGGCUCUCGGAUGAUGGACUGACAAAGAAGGCAGGGUCUGUCUUUUCAAUUUCUUGGAGCAUUUGGAAAGAUAGAUGUUCCAGUGUCUUUCAAGGAAAAAAUCUUAAUCACCAGUCUACUGCUAGACUUGCUCUCAAGUUAAUCAAUGAUACUGAGUCAUACUUGAACAAUUCUAUUCCUCAUGACCUAGUUAGACCAGCCUCUGUAGCUGAUAAAACCAUUGAUCAUGUCACUAGCACAUUGUCAUUUGAUUGUCAUAUUAUCUUUUCUGAUGUUGCCUUUGAUAAUGAUACUAAAUUAUCUGGUAUUGGUUUGGUAUUAACUGACCUUGCUGGCGCAUUUCUUGGAUGCAAACUCAAAGCUGGGAAUGUGAGGAAUGCCGAGGAAGCCGAAAGUAUGGCCUUAUUUGAAGCAGUGAAAUGGGAUAAAAUUAAAGGGCUAGAUAAAGUAUGCUUUGUCAGUGAUGCUAGCAGAUAA